AUGCACUCCUUCCAGCUCCCUACCAGCAGCACAGUUUGGAGUCAUCACAGGCAGUUUACAUUAGUGGCAGCUCCCAAUGCUGAGACUAUUCAAAGCAAUCCUUUGAACCCCCCACCUGGGCCCAGCCAUGCAGCUUUGGCUCAGAGGGCAAGGCAAGCAAGGGAGCGUGCAGAGAGGGAAGCAGCUGCUCAGGCAAUGCAAGCUCAGCAGCCCCCAAACAUAGCCCUGAUCCCAGAAGAAUUGCUGCCUGCCCCAUUGGACCCACCUCAAAUCCCAGAAAAUCAGCAAGUACCUGUGAACAUUGAGGAUAAUCAAGAAACCAUUAAUCAACAACCUCCAGGCAAUAAUAUUGAACAAGGAGUGCAUGCCCACCCACAGCCUAAUGAGCAGCCAUUACCACCAGCACAGCUAAAUGAGGCAGCCCAACAGCAUGAUAUUGUGCUGUUCAAGCAUGAUGGAGGCUUUCAAAGGAUGAGCUCAUGGAACCCUGCAUAUGCAUGUCUGUAUUAUGUUCUACUUUUUCCUAAGGGUGAGCAUGGGUUCCAGAGACACAUACCCAUUCAAGGCCAGCAAUGGCAGCCUGGCUUGCACCCUCAAGCAGCUCAAAGAGUUGCUCAAUUGUAUGUAGAAGGGCAUGAGCCAGACAAUGAUGAGGAGGAUAAUGGCCCAGCUGGCAAUCAACAGCAGAGAAGAAGUGUUGUAUCAGAAAGAGAGUAUUAUGCCUAUUAUCUGUUCAGUUGUGAGGAUCCAGAUGCUCAAACCCACUAUCCUGGUGCCAAUGGAACCUUUUCAACCAUCUUCCAGGCUGGAUGUUUACUCCAACAGUACCUGGUGGAUGUCUGGGCCAUUGCUGAUCAGAGUAGACUGCUUUGGCUAUGUAACAACCAAUCUUUACUCACAGUGGAGUUGUACAGUGGCCUAUGUGAUGCACUCUUGAGUGAUAACCUCACACAUAGAGAACAGGAUGCCAUGGCUAUAUCCUGUUACCUUGGUGAGCCACAGCUGUUCAUCGCAAUGACAGCUAAUCCAAAGUGGCCAGAGAUACAUAGUGCUCUGCUGCCAGGUCAAACUUAUUCUGACAGGUCAGAUCUCAUUACCUGGGUCUUUGAGCUGAAGUGCCACCAGUUGAUGGAGGAUAUCACUCAAAAAGGGAUUUUUGGGAAAUGCAUUGCACAUGUUCACACCAUUGAAUUCCAGAAGAGAGGCCUGCCUCACAUGCACCUAUCAGUAUGGUUGGAGUGUGCAUCUCACAUCCUGGAGCCUGGUAAUGUAGAUGAGCUUAUUUGUGCUGAGCUUCCAAUUGCAGAAGGCCCAGGUGCAGACCCUGCCCUAUAUGCAGUAGUCACUUCUUCCAUGUUGCAUGGCCCAUGUGGUCCUGAGCAUCAUGCUCCAUGCUGGGACAAGGACAAAAAGGCCUGCACAAAGGGCUAUUAUCCCUUGAAGCAAUGGAAUGCACAGACUAUUAUGGUUGCUGACUCAUACCCCCUCUACUGGCAUAGGGACAAUGGUCAAACUUUCAGAAAGGUUAUUAGUGGGGUUGAAAUUACCUUUGAUAAUACACAUGUUGUUCCCUACAAUCCAUUCCUGUCCAAAAAGUACACCUGCCAUAUGAAUGUGGAGACAUGCUCUGGGAUUGGAGCAAUCAAAUAUGUCCUCAAGUAUGUGUACAAGGGGGGUGAUAGAAUAUCCAUAGAGCUCACCACAAAUGCUGAAGGGGAUGCACAGCAAGCUCAAAAUCUGGAUGAGAUCAAGACACAUUUGGAUGCAUGCUGGGAGGUACCCAACAUUGUCCAUCUACAAGUCCAUCUCCCUGAGCAGCAAUCAGUUUCCUUCUGUGCAGGCCAAUUGAUUGAGAAUGUGAUUUCUGCAGCCAAGGACACUUCUCUCACUGCCUUCUUCAAGUUGAAUGCAUAUAAAAAUCAAGAAGUCUGCAGAUUUGCAAAUGAGUUAGUCUAUCAAGAAAUUCCAAACAAGUUCACCUGGAAUAAGAUCACUUGGAAGUUCUCUUUGCAGAGGCUUACACAGAACAAUGGGGUUGUCAGGUUCUCCACUGGGGCUAUUGGACAGAUGUAUUUUGUUCCACCAAACAGUGGGGAAAGACUCUACCUUAGAACUCUUCUCACUGUGGUGCAUGGCCCCACUUCCUUUGAAAGCCUCUGUACCUUUGAAGGCCAAGUCUUUCCCACUUUCAAAGAGGUUUGCAUUGCACAAGGACUACUGGAGAGUGAUGAGGAGUGGGCCAAAUGUCUUGCAGAAGCUGCCCAGUAUAAAACUGGAAGGCACCUGUGCCACCUCUUUGUGGUCACCUUAACUGCUUGCCAUCCUAUGGACCCAGCACAGCUAUGGAUUCAGUUCUGCGCUCAAAUCUGUGAUGAUAUUAGAUACAAACUAAGUCAAGAGCCCUGGAACUGUCCACAUGCCUUGGAUGAAGAUGUUUAUGAUUUUGGUCUUUACCUGGUUGAAGUUUUAGUCCUUGAGACUGGAUCAAAUAUGCAGGAUGUCAAUAUGCCAACCUGCCAAAAGAAUUGGGAUCAAAUCAACCAAGGACAAAACUGUCUCAUCUGGGAGCAGUAUGCAUUACACAAUGCACAGCCUGAGGGGUUGGAGGAUCAGCUUCAACAACAGCUUAACAAUGAACAGCUUGCUGCCUUCAACCAAGUACUUGCCUCAGUUCAAAAUGAUCUUGGGGUCACAUUCUUCCUUGAUUGA